GGUGGUGCAGCGGUACUUUCAGGAAACAAGUGCAUAAGUGAACAGCACAUUUCCGAGCUCAAGCUGGAUCCUCUGCCGCAGAUCUGACGACUGAAGAGGGGCAAGAGUCGCACGAAACACCGAAGAUGGAGACGAGUGCUUACGGUGCAUCGCUGGCCGGAGGAGCCUUUGAUUUCUCGAGCUUUAUAAAGCAGCCGCAGACUUUACUGCGCCUGUUCAGUUGGCUCUUCUCCAUAGUAGUGUUUGCUACCAUCGUUUCUGAAGGCUACAUCAACGAAUCCACUGGACAAGACACCAAAUGCAUUUUCAAUCAGAGUGACAGUGCUUGCAGCUAUGGAGUGAGUAUCGGAGUUCUAGCCUUCCUGGCCUGUGUUAUCUUUAUUAUCCUGGAUGCCUAUUUCCCCCAGAUCAGCAAUGCCAACGAAAGGAAAUACAUCGUCCUGGGCGAUCUUGUUUUCUCUGGAGCGUGGACAUUCCUGUGGUUUGUGUGUUUCUGUGUUCUAGCCAAUCAGUGGUCAAAAACGGUCAAUCCAGCGGGCAUCCCUGCUGAUGCGGCCCGAGCUGUGGUGGCCUUCUCCUUCUUCUCCAUUGCCACUUGGGCGCUGCUUACCGUGUUUGCCUUGAAACGAUACCGCCAAGGAUUGGACAGUAUUGAUUCAGGUUACACCGAUCCAGUAAGUGACCACACUUCCACGUACCCUUCGGCAUAUCCCGGUGCUCCACAGAAUUACCAGCAGUCCCCAUUCUCAACCACAUCUUCUGGAGAGGGAGGGUACCAGCCUCCUGCCUACUAAGGGAUGGCUGUUUUGUGACCUAACAAGUGUCAAGAAGGCAUUUUAACACAAUUCUGAAAAGCUCACCUGUGUGGACUGAUUCAUAUGCUCAACUCCACUGUAUUUUUUUUCCAUAAGAGUUUAAAUUGUGUCCUGUGGUUGACACUUGGUAUGCUUUGUGUAUUUUCAUGUUUUAAAGAGCAUUAUUUAUUUUUAUUUUGUGUUGAUUCCAGUAAAUGCUAAACAUGACCCUAAGUGCAAAAGUCAUUUGCACGUUUGCAGAAUUAUCUUAAUAAUGGUAUUGUUGGUUUAUUCCAAAUUGGGUUCCACUGUAUAGAUUGAAUAACAGCUGUAGAUGGUUUUACUCUUAGAAGACAAACAAUUUCAUGCUCUAAAUACACAAUCAUAUAAUAUGUUUUGAACAAUCACUACAGAACUAACAUGAAUUGGUUUCCUUAAAAGUAGGUUGAUUUCCAAACUAUAGUGUUGGGAAAAAACAUCAAAACAAAACUACUGAUACACAGACAAUAUAGUCAACAGACUCCAUGUGCCAAAUACAUUAAUACAAUAGAGUAAUUCACACCAUCGCCAUAUUUUGAAUUUGUUUGCCAUAAAAAGGAAAAGAACAUUUCUAUGCACUAAAUCUAUUGCCAAAUGGGUUUAAUAACUGCACACUGAAUGCAUCAUUGAUGAGUAGUUAGGUUGAUGUUGUGAGGUAGAAGUUAACUACCAAAUAAACUACUGUUUAAUGCUUUUAUUGCAUUUGUGACAAUAGGCUUGGCAAUGGUGUACAUUGUGUAGUGUGUAAUAUUGUAUACUGGAAGCACCUGAUUUUCAAAAUGUUAAACAAUCAUAAAAUAUAAUGUUGCUGUUUAAUUACAGCUGGAAAAUGUAUGUUUGAUUUUCUUUUAAGUCAGGCCAAAUAUUUCUGCAAGAUUUGUACCUCCUACCAUUGAAAUUAGUAUCUUGACAUUUUCAAGGAUUUUGUCUGUAAAUGCAUUUCUGCACUGACUUUUUUUUAGGCCACUUUUACUGUCUUCUGCAGUACCCUAAAUUUGAAGAAAGAAUCUGAGUUGGCCGGUAAUUAUUAGAGUUGUUUUGUUCUUUAAUAUGGUUGUGUUUUGUUGAUGGCUGAUAACUUUCCUUUAUUUCACUUUCACAGUUCUAAGCACAUAAUUGGUUUGCUUCCCUGUUCUUUUAUUUUUGCAACUGUUCCUGAAACAGCAGUUAUUGCAAUAAUCUCUUUUUUUGUAAGAAAAUACUGUCCAAUAAACCCUUGAUUGAUUGAAUGUUAAAAAAUA